AUGUUUUUAAGAAAUUCGUCAAGAUUAAUUUCGGCGUUACCUUCAUCAACUAUUCUUAGGCACUAUCAUAAAAAUUCAUUUAUAUCAAAAAUGUCAUCCUUGAAUGCAACUGUUCCUAGUGCAAUGCCAAUUGAUAAUGCUGCUAAUGAGUAUAGAAAACGUGUUUUAUCUGACAGUUCAAAUGAACCUGUUCAGUCUCAAAAGAAGGGAAAGAAAUUGAAAUUAAAAAAAUAUAAAGCUAAGAAAGUUGAUUCAACUUCUCCACUUGGAGUUUUACAGUUUGAAAUUGAUGAGCUUUUAAAUAGUGAAAACUUGACUCGAAAGUCUGUAGUUAAUGAUAUUAGUUCGAUAUUAAAUGAUAAAGUCAAAGAUGAAUCUUCCGUCACAUCUAAAUACCACCGUGUUGUCACUGAUGUUAAAGUUUUAUCAGUUAGUGCAAAUGGUGAUGGUUUAGCUAUUAUUGAUAACCCAGUUGAAGACAAUAAAAAGCAAGUUGUUAUCAUUCCAUUUGGUUUACCUGGCGAUAUAGUCGAAAUUAGAGUUUUCAAGACUCAUCCACAUUAUGUUGAAAGUGAUCUAUUAAAAGUAAUUAAAAAGUCUGAUAUACGUAAGGACGACCUUAUUAAAUGUAAAUACUUUGGUAAAUGUUCAGGUUGUCAGUAUCAGUUCUUAACUUACGACGAACAGUUGAUCAUGAAAAGAAAUACUGUUGCAAAUGCCUACAAAUAUUUUGCACCAAAAUUAUGCAAAGAGGAACUCAUUCCCAAGAUUGGAGAUACGAUUGCCUCUCCACUACAAUAUGGUUACAGAACAAAGUUAACUCCACAUUUUGAUGUUCCAAGGAAAGUGAAAGAAUUCGAAGAGAAGCCUCCGUUAGGUUUUGGACAAAAAGGUAGACCUCAUUGGAGAACAGAAACAAUAUCUGAAGGCGGAAGCGCUUCGAUCCUGGAUAUCGAAGAAUGUAUCAUAGGUACAGACAUUAUCAACAAAGGUAUGUCAAAUGAAAGGAAAAAAUUUGAUGAAGAGUUCACUAAAUACAAGAAAGGUGCAACUUUUUUAUUAAGAGAACAUACAAGAGUAAUUGAUUCCAAUACUAAUGUUGGUAAAAUUAUUGAAGAAGAAGAGGCUUCCAAAGACUCAUCGAAUGACAAUAAAAUAUCAUACAUUGAACUUAAUGAUGAACAGAAUAAUAAACCAUUAGUCAAAACAUGUGUAACAAACUCUAGACAGAUUGUUACCGAGUAUGUCGAUGGUUAUACAUUCCAAUUCAGUGCUGGUGAAUUUUUCCAAAAUAAUAACUCCAUUCUACCAGUAGUUACUCAAUAUGUACGUGAAAAUUUAAUACUACCAGACGUUAAUGGCGAGUCGGCUCCAAGAUAUCUAGUUGACUGUUACUGUGGUUCUGGGCUAUUUAGUAUUUGUAGUUCCAAAGGUGUGGAUAAGGUCAUUGGUGUUGAAAUUUCUGCUGAUAGUGUUUCAUUUGCUAUUAAGAACGCAGAAAAUAAUGGUGUCAAAAACUGUAACUUCAUUGUUGGCAAAGCUGAGAAACUAUUUGAAUCUAUUGAUGUUCCAAAUGAUAGAACUUCGGUUAUAUUGGAUCCGCCAAGAAAAGGUUGUGACGAACUGUUUUUGAAACAGUUAGCAGAAUACAAUCCAGCUAAGAUUGUGUACAUUUCUUGUAACGUGCAUUCACAAGCUAGAGACGUUGAGUAUUUUUUGAAAGAAACUGAAAAUGGUAAACUAUACAAAAUGGACAGUUUAAGAGGUUUCGAUUUCUUUCCACAAACACAUCAUGUUGAAGGUGUUUGUGUUCUUACGAGGGUUUAA